AUGUCACGUCGCAGCAACACUGAUAGCAUAACGAAUUCUGAAGUGGAUCCUGAGGAUUCGUUCAAUGAUUCUGUACAUUUCAAUGAUUCAUGGUUUUAUGGGCCACCGAAGAAGAAACAGGUGUUAUCCAAUGAUACGCAGGAAAACAAUCCAUCUCCGAUUCGAACUAAGCGAGCUUCCUUAGUGGAGAAGAGUCUUGGAGAACUGGAGACGUUUCCUAAACAGCGUUUGGCACUUGCGAAACUCGAAGAGCACGCAAAAGUGUUCAAGAAUACUCGUGUCUUCAGUUUCGAGAUGCCAGGACAUUCAGAUUGUGUUCAGGUUCGAACUAAGCGAGCUUCCUUAGUGGAGAAGAGUCUCGGAGAGCUGGAGACGUUUCCUAAACAGCGUUUGGCACUUGCGAAACUCGAAGAGCACGCAAAAGUGUUCAAGAAUACUCGUGUCUUCAGUUUCGAGAUGCCAGGACAUUCAGAAGGCGAGCGACGCUACCUCGUCAGUACAUUGGAGCGUUUUUGGUCAUGGUAUAGUACGCUAAGCGAGCGUCACCUAUACGAACUUAUUGCCGAAUCAUCACCUUGUCGUCUUUACUUUGACCUCGAGUAUUCCAAAGAAACUAAUCCUGAUAUUGAUCAUGAGGUUGUUUACCGGCACUUUAUGGAGACUGUUCAGCGCUUGUUGAAGAGCGAAUUCGAUCUCGAUGUGGAUCCUUUCAAGGUAUUACACCAUUGA